ACACCACACUCCACACUGACUUGUGACGACAUGCCAUCCAAGGCCGCUUCCUGCAUUCAAACCCUUGCUUUAUACAUAUAUUGAGUUGACAAUUUCGAAAUUCCAAACCUCUUCUCCAAUAAUUUGUGCGUCGCCAGCCACUCGUCACAUACCUGCUCUGUACCAAAGCCGCCAAGACCCCUCCUCCCCCUGUUCCCCUGUCCCUCGUGUCCACACAGACUCGACCUCGACCCGCCCUGCCCUGGAGUCUUGGACUUCUUUUUUUACCUGAAAGGACAAAGUAGGCAGUUAAUAUUCCUAACGAUCAACAUGGACCCAUCCUCGACUUCCCAUCCUGACCCGGCGCCUGGGUGCGAGGCUGUCGCGCCGGCCGCCCACGCCAGCGUUCCUGGUCCGGCCGGCAUCACUGGCAAGAUCCUGUCUAUCGAGAAGAGCGGCCUCCUCCUUCAGCAUGUCCCCCUGGACCGGAUCGACGCCACACAACGACUAGGCGAUGUCCUCUACACACUGCAACAGCUCUGGUUUACUGGUUCAGACGAUGUCGAUGUCCUCGCACAGAAGCUUGGUGAUGCCAGUCGUAACGUCUCAUGGAGGCUGCCCCUGGGAGAUGCCGGCGUCUUAAACUUCUUUCUCGACAUGCUCUCUCUCAACCCCGUUCAUCAUCCGCUCAAACUUCAUGCCCUCCGUGUCGUGGGGAACGCGUGCGCCGACACUGAUGAAAAUCGCGCCCGUGUUGUGGAAUCUGGCCGUCUUCCAUCCCUCGUGACCCAGCUUGCCGACGAUGUAGUCCUCCCCUUCGUCGUCCAGGUCCUCCACAACAUCAUCGUCGACUAUGAGCCCGCCCAGUUGGCCGCCUCGCAAGCCGGCCUGAGCCCUCAUCUGGUCGACCUCCUGUCCAGCCCUCGCCUCAUCGGUUGCUAUUCUCUCAUUAGCACCAUUGGCACCAUUCUCGAGCUCCUCGUUGCACAGCAGCCCGAGCCUAUGGUUGCCAGCCCGCAAACCCCUUCCGUCCUCCUCAAUCUGGCCGUCGAUUCGUCCGUCGUCGAUGAUCCUGCCGAUACUGUCCUCCUCAUCUCCGUCGCCCUAUCCUACCUCUCAUUCGAGAACCUUCAAUCUACCUUCGUCGCGUCCGGCGGCGUCCCAACCAUCCUCUCCGCCUUCCAACGUUUCACAACCCUCCUCGACUCUGCUGCUGCCGCCGUCGCCCAAGGAGACGACGCCAAAAAUGACCUCGGCUCCCAGUUCCGACAGGCCGGUUCGACCUUCAUGCAACUCCUCGCCGACAUCUGUUACUUGCCCUCUUUCACCUCCACCCACCCUCUCGGCAGCCCCGUCUUCGAAACCCUCACCUCCUGGCUCGACCCGUCCUCCCACCCCUCUCUCCAAGCCGCCGCAUGCCUUUGCAUCGGCAACCUAGCUCGCUCCGAUGAGACCUCCAUCGCCCUCGUCCAGACCCACGCCACCCACCUCCCCGUCAUUGCCAUAGUCGCAUCUCAACUCCAAAGCCUCCCUCAACCUCCCCCCGACCCUCUUCUUCUGCACUCCUCCUUAUCCCUGCUCAAAAACCUUGCCAUCCCACCCGCCACCAAACCUCUUCUCUCCUCCCUGCUUUCCCCUCAACUUCUCCCCUCCCUCUGGUCCCUCGACCCUAAUACCUCCCUCCAAAUCCCACAACUCCAAUUCGCCUCCGCCUCACUCGCCCGUCUGCUCCUAACAUCAUCCCCACCCAAUGUCCGCCUCUUCAUCAGCCCCGAUCAAGGAACGAAAGGCGAAGACGAAACCCCCCUCCACCGCCUCCUCGACCUCUUCACAAAGGCAGACCCAACCUCCGCAGCCCACACCAGGACCGAAGCCGCCCGCGCCCUCCUCGCCAUCCUGAAAGCACUCCACACAACGCCGACGGGGGACCAACAGAGCGACAACAACAACAACAACGACAACGACGACGACGACGCCGACGACGCCGAACCGCUGCCAUCGUCUCUCCGCGCAGACUUCUACGCCCGAUACGCCAACGAAAGCCUACUCCCGAUCCUCGCCUUCCUAGUCACCCAGGACAAGUUCCCCGCGCUGCGGAGCGAAGCCUGGUUCGUCAUGGCGCUCAUGGCGCGGUCCCUCGACGGAGCCGCCGCCGUGACCCGUCUCCUCAAGAGCUCGGAAGGCGCGUGGGACGCACUGCGCAACCGCGUGAGGGGGCGCCAGGACCACGUCGCGUCUACUGCUGACGACAGGACGGGGGAAGCAUCGUCGUCUCUUUUCCCUGCGGAGGGGACCGUGACUAUUGACGCGUCGUCGUCGGCUGAAGGACUUCCCGCGCAGCAGCAGCGCAAGAAGGACGGAGGGGAUGUUACCCGUGCAGAUCGGGAGAAUGCCCUCGUGCUUGUUUCCGAACUGAUGCGAAUCGGAGGGGACGCGUUGCCUGCUGGUUGGAAAGCGAAGCUCGACGAAACCUUGAAGCAAGGGGAAGAAUUGGUUGUUGGUGAGAGGGGAGGGAUCUAGUCCUAGAAGGUCAACAACAGCAAUGUCUAAGAAGCAGACCAUUAAUUUCUCAACAAUAAAAACUUUCUUGUC